AUGGCUUCAGCUGUGCCAGCUCAAACUCCAAAUAUUGCAAAACAUCUUGAUAAAAAUGAACUUUAUCAAAUUGGUCCUAAUUUUUGGAAUGUUCGUGGUCGUUUUAAAAUUUUAAAAUUAAUUGAUAUUGGAACACAAAUGUCAAUAAUAAAAUUACGUAAUGGAAAAUUUCUUGUUAUUGAUACAGUUGAAAUGAAUGAUCGUCUUCAACAAGAAAUUGAUCAUUUAACUAAUAAUGGAGAAAAUAUUGAAGCUGUUAUUGGUACACAUCCAUUUCAUACAUUAUCAUUUUCAGCUUUUUAUCAAACAUAUCCAAAAGCAUCUUAUUAUGGAACACCAAGACAUUUGCGUCAAUUAACAGAUAUACCAUGGCGAGGAGAUCUUAGUGAUUGUAAUAUUAGAAAAAAAUGGGAACCAGAUAUUGAAAUGCGUAUUCCAGCAGGAGCUGAAUUUGUCAAUCCACAACCUGAAUCAACAAAUCAUUUUGUUAGUGUUUUUGUUUAUCAUCCAGCAUCUCGUACUCUUCACGUUGAUGAUACAAUAAUGUAUGCUGAAAAACCUGGUUUUUUACUUAAAUUAUUUGGUUAUAAAGAUGGUGCACUGGCAUUUCAUCCAUCAAUUAAAAAUUCUGGUCUUUAUCCAACAAGUGAUGCACCAUAUUUAUUUCGUGAUUGGAUGCGUAAAUUACUCAAAGAUUGGCCUUUUGAAAAUAUUUGUUGUGCACAUUUGGGUGUUAAAAUGGGUGGUGCACAUGUUGAUGUUACUACAUUACUUAAUAAUGCUGAAUCAUUAUUUGUUAAACUUAGUGAAAAAAAUCGAAAAAAAAAUCCCGGAGAUGCAAUACCACCUGAUAAUCAUCCAAAUAUGAAUGUUAGUGAUAAUGAAUGUGGAUAG